CUUCUUUCGUAGUGAAACAGCUGGCAGUGGCAAUAUUGAUCGCUGAUGAUAACAAACACUGACUCACUGAUAACAGAUCGAAAUUUUGAAAAUUUCUCAAAACACUCUCGUCUUACAUAAAAAUGAAUCCAAUUUUUUAUACGUAGGAAGCAGUUUUGUAUUUUUGCGAAAUAUCCUGCACUAUUGUCAUCUGAGCGAUGGAUCCUAUUGAUCAAGAAAUUAGAAGACGAUUGGAUAAACUAAAAGAAGAUAGGCCUCCUAUUCCUUCGGAAGAAGAAUUACGCUUGAAACUCCAGAAGCUGAAAGGAGAAACUCCCUCUGCAUUAAGUAACAAAUAUGUACUUCUCCCUUGUGUUAAAUCUAACGAAGAGCAGAUAAAUGAUUUGAUGAAACAGUAUUCCGAGGAAGCAGCCAUGGGACAACGUUUAACUACGCCAAUUCAUGAUAUAGAACAGCGUUUGAACAAUUUAAAAAUGUUUCAAGUUUCUGGUGAUAACAACAGCUCUCAAUCGGAAAAAAAUACUAGUACUUCGCGAGAAUCGAGUAGAAAAAUUCCAACGAUGAUUGCUGAUGAAGACGAAAGUAUGGAAUGUUCUGAUUCUCAUCCACAAGAAUAUUUUUGUUACAUUUGCGAUCGAGUACCCAAAUGGAUAUGUUACACUUGUGAUGAUCAGUUAUUCUGCCCUGCUUGUUAUAAAGAAUUUCACGAAGAUGAAGAUGAACCACAUAGAAGAAAGCCGUUUAAUGUUAAAAAAAAGUAUCAUGAUUCAGAUUCAGAUUAAAGUGGUCGAAUUGAAUUAUUUUGCAGUACAUCUCACUAUCUAAUCAAGUCUCGAUAAAGAUCCUUUAUUGAGAAGAAAUAUGUCAACGCCUAUGUUGUUCCUUAUUCAUUAUUCUUUGUACUCACGGUGUAUUACAUACUUAAUACACUUUUCGGCGAAAAAGGGUUCACUUUCCAUUUGUUCUGGAUGAAAAUUUCAGUCUAGUAUUGUUGGAACAAAAAUAUGCUGUUGUUUCAUAAUAUUGAGGUAACCUACCUACUCACUAAAUGAUAAAGUAUUUUCAACCGAUAUUGCUACAAGAGCUAUUGUUGGAAAAUUUUCAUCAUCUUUCUAUCCAAUGAUUGAAUCUGUGAGCUCUUUUUUGUAGAACGAUCUUUUUAAACUCAUCGUCUCUUUUUUUAAACGAUAUUUUCACCUAUUUUCUUUUAUUGUAAUCGUGAUUUUAUUGUCGGAGAUUUAUCGUUAACUAUAGUCAACCGAACUGCAGCUUUCCUUUGUAUUUUCAUUGCCAUGUAAUAUUAUGUAAUGUUACCAACGUGUUUCGUGUGGUUUAUAAUCAGUUUAGAUCGCUGUUUUUAUUUUAUCCGAACAAAAUUAUGAAUUUAAAACUACGCUAUUUUAUCGCAACCAAAAUUCAUUACCUAUUUUGAUUCUUUCAAAAGAAUUGUGCAAAGGUGGGAGUGAAUGGUCGUCAACCUUGUAGUAUUUUGUUAACGUUACCAUAUAAUGAGUAAACAACCAUACAACACACAAACUACGCGAAUGAUUCGUAACCUUUUUAAAUAGAUGUAUAACUUAUAUAAGAGUAUAUUGCAUAUUUUGCAGAAAUUCAGAAACCUUAUAAAAUUUUCCAAUUAAUUUAACGCGAACAGAAGAGCGAAAUUGUUAAUUUAUUUUCACUGCAUUACUAUGGCAGUAUCAAGUCACACGUUUCAGUUUUGAUUAUAAAAACAAAUUAAUUAUACGAUUAUUUUUAGAAAUAAUCAAGUUUUUGUAAAUUAUCACCGUAAUUUUAUAUCGGAGAAAAUUUUUCAUCGAAUAAAUAUUUUUUCUGUUCAUAACUCGGAUGUAUGCUUUAUUGAUAUAGUUGAUUUUACAGAUUUGUACUUUUGCGUGUAGAACGUGCUGAAAACAGCGCGCAUAAAUGCGCCUUUGGCUAAAGUCGCAAUGUAUGAAGGAUUGCCAUCGUCAAAUACACAAUAUUCCGGCAGCACUCUUGUCGGUUUCGUAUUUGCCGAAUCUUGUGUUUUGUGCAUUCGUCGAUAGCCGAUACGGUAGCGAGAACGAUCUCUGUUCUGUUCUUGUUUAAUGAUGUGAAUUUUCACUUCGAUUUGCGGUAACGUGUUUCUUAGAUUUUUGAUAGGUAGUGAGCUUCAUGUAAAGAGACCAAAGCAGUGGGUAUGCCUUUUGAACCAACGAUUACGGCCCAAAAACCUUGGUAUUGCCAUUUACGAACGUUGAUGUUACAAUCAGUUUAUUCUUCUCGUACAACGAGUUUCGAGCGUAAUGAAAAUAAAGAAAAUGUCGCAGCUGAGAAAAAACAUUUGUGGAAUAUACGAGGCGGUUUUCGUCGAUUACUUUCGUCGAACAAAGAUGACACCAUUGAUAAAGAACAAUCUUUGUCUCUGAGUAUUAUUGACUGGCAAGCCAAAAUGUUGGACGGUGAAGUGUGCCUGUUGAAAGAUAGCCCUUUUCGAAUUCUGCGAGCGGCCGAAAGCGGUAAUUUGGAAGAUUUUAACCGAUUGUACCAAGCAGAUACAACACGACUUUCGGUCCGAGAUUCGAAAGGACGAGCACCAGUUCAUCAAGCAGCUGCUCGCAAUCGUGUCUCGAUUUUACAGUUUAUUAAGAAUCACGGCGGAGAUUUAAACGUCCAAGAUGCGGCUGGAAACACUCCAUUGCAUGUUGCAAUCGAAAAUGAAGCUUUGUGUGCUAUCGAAUUUCUUUUACAAAAUAACGUGGACACUACGAUUCAAAAUAAUAAAAAACAAGCGGCUCUGCAUCUCGCCACCGAACAUAACAAAAUCAGUGUUUUGAAAGUUAUGUCUUCGUAUCAUACGAAAUUCAAUCCACAUCAAGGUGGCGAACAUGGCAGGACAGCGUUGCAUCUCGCAGCCAUCUACGAUUACGCCGAAUGUGCCUAUAUAUUAAUUACCCAGUUCGGAGCAAAAACUCGACAACCUUGCAAUAACGGCUACUAUCCGAUUCACGAGGCAGCAAAAAAUGCCUCGUCUCACGUAAUGGAAGUAUUUUUACAAUGGGGCGAAAGCUGCGGUAACACGAGGGAACAAAUGAUAUCUUUCUUCGACGCCGAAGGAAACGUCCCUUUACAUUCGGCCAUACAUAGUGGUGAUUUCAAAGCAGUGGAACUGUGUUUGAAAUCGGGAGCCAAAAUUUCUACCCAACAGCACGAUAUGUCCACUCCGGUGCAUCUUGCUUGCUCUCAAGGCGCCAUCGACAUCGUCAAAUUGAUGUUUUCUCUGCAGCCCGAAGAAAAGAAACAGUGCUUGUUUUCGUGCGAUGUUCAAAAAAUGACACCUUUGCAUUGCGCUGCCAUGUUCAAUAGAUGGGAAAUUGCCAAGUACUUGAUCGAAGAGGGAGCAGAUAUAAACGCCAUUGAUAAAGAGAAUCGUUCGCCUUUGCUUCUGGCUGCAUCUCGUAGUGGUUGGGAAACGGUCAGAAUUCUUGUACAGCUCGGCGCUAAUAUCCACUUGAAGGAUGCCAAUCAACGAAAUAUUUUGCAUUUAAUAGUAACCAAAGGAGGUAAUAUCGAAGAAUUCGCCGAGAAUGUACGUCAGUCUCAAAACAUCGAAAGUUUCAAGCAACUACUGGACGAGAAAAAUAAUCAAGGUUGCACGCCGAUGCACUGUGCGUGCGAAGGAGGAUACAUUAAAAGCUUGGAAAGUUUGUUAAAGUACGGAGCAUGCAUCAAUUUGAAAAAUAAUAAUAAAGAAACGCCGUUGCAUCUAGCUGCUUGGUUUGGUCGAAUGAACAUUUUAAAAAAAUUACUAGACAGUGAAAGGGGAAGUUUCAUUAUAAACGAGGCCAAUGGAGAAGGUCUGACACCACUUCAUAUAGCUUCCAAGCAAGGACACACCAGCAUGGUACAAUUGUUACUCGAUCGUGGAGCUUUGCUUCACCGAGAUCACAAUGGAAGAAAUCCACUGCAUCUCGCUGCCAUGGCUGGAUAUAUGCAUACCAUGGAGCUGUUACAUUCGGUUCAUUCUCAUCUUUUAGAUCAAGGAGACAAAGAUAAAAACACUGCUUUACAUUUGGCAACUAUGGAAAAUAAACCGAACGCCAUUUCUUUAUUGCUUACAAUGAAAUGUAAAUUGUUACCAAAUAUUCAAAACCUCAGCGCCAUCGAUUACGCGAUUUAUUACAAAUUUCCAGAAGCUGCUUUAGCAAUGGUCAUUCAUGAAACUAGAGGAGAAGAAAUAAUGGCUUUGAAAUCGGAUAAACAUCCGUGCGUUACUUUGGCUUUAAUAGCUUCGAUGCCCAAAGUAUUCGAAGCAGUUCAAGACAAAUGUAUAACCAAAGCAAAUUGCAAGAAGUAUUCGAAACUUUUUUAUAUUCAUUACAAUUUCUCGUGCUUACAAUGUGUGACCGAAUCGAAUGAGACGUCAACUGGAGCUCUGCCGAAACCCGAACCAUUACCCGCAUUAAACGCAAUGGUAGCCCAUCGAAGAGUCGAAUUAUUAGCCCAUCCGUUGAGUCAAAAAUACUUGGAGAUGAAGUGGAAUUCGUAUGGAAAAUAUUUCCAUUUAACUCAUUUAUUAUUGUACAGCAUAUUUUUAAUUUUCGUCACAUUUUUCUCUUCGAAUUUGAUGAGCAAUGAUGGCGAAUCUGUAUUAUAUAAGAACAACUCUUCCACUUCGCUUCCUCCAAACGAUCAUUUGCAGAGAGUUCAACAAACUCCAUCGAUGAUUAUAGCCGCGUCGGUUAUUUUAAUUUACAUCAUUUUAAAUCUUAUGAGGGAAUUGAUUCAAUUUUAUCAACAAACUUGGAAUUAUUUGCUGGAUCCGACGAAUAUAGUUUACAUUUUGUUAUACAUUUCCACAACUAUUUUGGUGACUCCCGGAUUAGUUGGACGUUCCACCGAAUUGCAAAUUUCGUGCGCUUCGAUCACCGUAUUUUUAUCUUGGUUUACAUUACUGUUAAAUUUACAAAGAUUUGAUCACGUUGGAAUUUACGUCGUGAUGUUCUUGGAAAUAUUACAAACCCUGAUCAAAGUUCUAAUCGUGUUUUUCAUACUUAUCGUAGCGUUUGGUUUGGCUUUCUACAUUUUACUAUCUCGAGGAAAUCACCUGGCAUUCAGUUCGGUACCAAUGUCCGUGUUACGAACUUUCGCCAUGAUGCUGGGAGAAAUUGAUUUCUUGGGAACCUACGUAUAUCCUUACUACGCCGUGGAGAAUGAGAAUGAUCGUAAAUCGAUUCCGUAUCCGUUGCCUGUGUUCUGUAUACUAGGUGUAUUCAUGAUCCUGAUGCCGAUUUUAUUGAUGAAUUUACUGAUCGGUUUGGCCGUUGGCGAUAUCGAAUCGGUGAAACGAAAUGCCAAAUUGAAACGAUUGGCUAUGCAAGUAUUGAUGCAUUCGGAACUCGAACGAAAAUUACCAAAAAUAUUAUUGGAAAGGAUCGAUAAAAAAGAAUUGAUCGAAUAUCCGAACGAACGAAAAUCGAAAAUCGGAUUCUUGGAUUUCUUGUUCAGAAUAUGGUUUCAUCAUGCAUUCUCCGAAGAAGGAAUUGAACAUGUGUUGGAACGCAAAGAAGAUAAUGAAAUGAGCGAGCUUCAAGAAGUCAAGUCGAGGUUAAAAAAAAUUUGCGCAUCGUUGGAUAAACAAAGAGUGCUCAUCAAAACUAUGACCGAAAAAAUGGGAAUCAAAGCAGAAUGCGAAGAAAUCGACGAAGGUGUCUCUUCUGACGAAUGUUUGCAGAAUAAAGUUCAUCCGUUUCGAUUACGUUACAAAUUGAAAUCUGCUCAAAGCAUGAAUAAGUCAAUUUCGAGGUAGGAAAUUCCAAUACUUGGGCAAUAUUUGUUACCUACCUACCUACCUACCUACCUAUAUAAAUACUUAUUCUAAAGUUUGUCAUAGGUAUUUGCUAAUAGAAAUUAAAAAUGAUAACGCGCUCGUAUUGUUAGGUUUAGAUACCUAUAUCUAAGUACCUACUUAAAAACUGUAUUCAGUAUUCACGUUCUGUAUAAAAAAUAAUGUCACGAUUCUCACAAUUUUACUUUGAAAUUUUCUCUUCUUAUAUAGCCUGUAAAAGUUUUUAAAAUAUAAAGUUUUAUAAUGUAGAUAUGUCGAACUGGUGCUCAAUAUUAAUUACUAAAUCAACAUCUAUACCUAUUGGAUGAAGAAUACAUUCGUGUUAAUAAAAUUGCAUAACCGGUUCGCCGUAAAUACGACGACGAGUAUUUUUUCGGAAAACAGAACCCUUAAAUUUGCAGAUGGCGAAUCUAGUAGAAAUUUCGACCACGAGUUAUCAUGAAAUGAAAAGUGUGAAAAUAUUAUUUCAAGGUAGCUAGUAAAAAUCAUAUUUUUCAAGCUGCAGGACUCAAAACGUUGCUCCACUUUGUGAAUUACCUACUGAUUUAAUACCCGUCUAAUUUUUCUGAAUGAAGUGUAAAUAUAGGAAACUACCUACCUAAAAUGCAUCACGAUGCUUUGUAUUUAGCUCAUAUCGUGGAGAAUAAAUUUUUGAUUUGAUUCCAGGGAAAGACAAAUAAGUUCAAACGAAUUGUGAAGUGUUGCAUAUUAUUGUACGUUAGAAAGAUGGUCGAGGAUUUUUUAUAUGCCUGACUGUUUAUAAUUUGUUAUUUAGUGGUAUUAUUAUUAUUAUUAUUAUUAUUUGAAUAUUCGCGUAAGUAAUGCAGAAGUAUACCUACCUGGUGCCAUCGAUGAAAGAAUAACGAAGUAAAAAAUGCAGAGAGUAAGUAGGUAGGUAGGUGCAGAUAUGUAUCAUUAUACGUACUUUCAAUGGGUAAGUACAUAUUAUAUUGUCGAUGGUAAAAAUUUUGCUUCAAAGUCUGCGCAUAAACAUCUUAUUCUUGAAUUUAUACCACUAAAUAAUAUUUUUAUUUUCAAUUUCGAUACUUUAUUGUGCGACUUGACUACUUGUGUUUAUUUCAACGGUUGAUAUUUAAGCAGUUGUAAUAUUUUGCAAGUACUUAGGUACCUAUCAAAAUGAAUGUGAUUUUUUCAAGUAGUAGGUAGUUAUUAUGUAAGUAUUAAGGUAUUUAAAUCUUACUUGUGCGUUUCGUUAUUUUUGGUUUCUUGUGACCACCAAAUUAGAUAUAGGUAGUUUAUAUUACCAAGCGCUUGAAUUCUUUUAAAAAUGAUUUGCUAGAAAUUUCGUAUGUAUUAUAGAUAUAAGAAAACAAUCAGCUAUGUAUAACUCAAAGAAAAUCAAAGACGAUGUUACAGGGAUUUCAGUCGAUCGUCAAAUUCAUCAUUUAUAGGUACCUAUAUACGAGUAGUCGUAGUUAUAUACCUAGGUAGAGUAGGUACCUCGUAAAAAUAUACGCUGAUAAAAAAAUACCCUCGUAAUCAGUCACCAAUAAUAUUUUAUUUUUCAACAUUUCAUUUCUCUAACUAACUAAUUAGGUAGUCGUACAUUUUAAAAACAAAACACUCCAAAAAAAAGUAGUGUGAAUAAAACUUGAAAUAUUCAAAACAUUAUUUUGAAUAAUAGGAAAAAACUCGAUAAAAACCACAAAAUAAAACAAAUUUAUUACAUAAAUACAUAACGAGACUGUAAAAACGUAAUAACAUUUAUAUUAUACGUUGGUAGGACUACGGCGAGACGUGAAAACUUGAAACUUUCACGCUCACAUAUCUACCUUUUUUCACUUUGAGAUUAAUUAUUAUUAUAUGCUUGAGCAUGCCUAAAUACAUAUGAAAACAAUUUUAAAAAAACAAAACAAAAGGAAACAACAAAAUUGAAUCGAUUUAAAAACAAUAGUAUAUAUCUUCACACAAAUUAAAAAGGAAACAUCGUAGAUGCUAUAAUUAUCGUUUUUCUACGAACAAAAAAUUACCUAUGGUAUAUCAUAUUAAAAUGUGUCCGCAAAAUCAAUCUUUUAUUUUAUUACACUUUUAUUGCGCUUCAACAAAUAUACCAUACCAACAAUAAGUAGGUAUCUUUCGUAGGUAGUAAGGUAAUUUUACAACGUUAUUAUUUAUGUACAAUUUAGAAAGAGGGAAAAGGUAUCAAGUGUGAAUAAUACCCAACUAAAUUAUUAUUUAUAGGUAUCGUAAUGAUUCGUAUGCAUACCACAUACAUCUUCAUAGGUAGGUAUACGAUUUUAUUUUUAGUAAUUUAAUCAUUUUUAGGUAUGGGAAUUUCAUUAAAAAAAAAAAAAAAAAAAAAAAAAAAGAUUUUUA